UUUCUGUAGAAUUUUAGGUGCAAAUAUCUCAUGGGUCAAUCUGAAUUAAUGUGGUUGAUUCUAAUGUUGUUUUUAUACAAGGGUUUAGUAAGUCAAUUGUGGCCUUAUCUUGUUUGAAUUGCCACAUGAGCUCAUAAUCAGAGUCAAGGAUGUGGCAUUGAAGGUGCAGGAUAUAAGUGAGUUCCUUGAGCACGUUGUACAGUGUGCAGCGUCUUUCUCUGAUGCUCUGUUUCUGCUCGGUCAGCCUCCUCUGCCGGGGCCUCUUUCUUUUUCCAGAUAUGGCAUGGUUUCUUUAUUUUUCUCUGUUUUUGGUUGUGUUUUUAGCAUUGGUUGCCUUGGGUGUAAAACCCCAGCCUCAGGAACCCCCUCACCUUCCGUCAUUGCCUCUGAUCGGCAGUUUGCUCAGUCUGUGGAGCCCACUCGCUCCCUACAUACUUUUCAAGCAGUUGCAAAGGAAAUAUGGACAUAUAUACUCUCUGAAGAUGGGCUCGCACCAUGUAAUCAUUGUCAACCACUACAAAGAUGCCAAAGAGGUGCUGUUAAAGAAGGGGAAGACAUUUGCAGGACGUCCCAGAACGGUGACAACAGAUAUUCUGACCCGAGAUGGGAAAGACAUUGCGUUUGGGAACUUCAGUGCAACUUGGAAGUUCCACAGAAAAAUCGUUCAUGGAGCUCUGUGCAUGUUUGGAGAAGGUUCCGUCUCUAUCGAGAAAAUCAUUUGUGCUGAGGCCAAGACUCUGUGCUCCGUCCUCUCCGAGGCGGCAUCUGCUGGACACUCCCUGGAUUUGUCUCCCGAGCUGACGCGAGCUGUCACCAAUGUCAUCUGUUUCCUGUGCUUCAACUCGUCGUACAGCCGCGGAGAUCCAGAAUUUGAGACGAUGCUAGAAUAUAGUCAGGGCAUCGUGGACACUGUGGCAAAAGACAGCCUGGUUGACAUCUUCCCCUGGUUACAGAUUUUUCCUAAUGCCGGCCUGCGUCUUCUAAGGAAGUGUGUUUCAACCAGAGAUGCACUUCUACAGAAAAAAUAUGAUCAACACAAGGUAGACUACAGCGACCACGUGCAGAGGGACCUGCUGGACGCUCUGCUCAGAGCCAAGCGCAGCGCUGAGAACAACAACACAGCAGAGAUCAGAGACGAGGCGGUGGGCCUGAGUGAUGACCACAUCCUCAUGACAGUCGGAGACAUUUUUGGAGCUGGUGUGGAGACCACCACCACUGUUCUUAAAUGGGCCAUCAUCUACCUUCUCCAUUAUCCACAGGUACAGAGACACAUCCAAGAGGAGCUGGACACCAAGGUGGGUAGUGGGCGCUCACCCAAGCUCUCCGACAGAGGAAAUCUGCCCUACUUAGAGGCCACCAUCAGGGAGGUGUUACGGAUCCGCCCCGUAGCCCCGCUGCUAAUCCCUCAUGUAGCGCUAAGUGACACCAGUCUCGGGGAUUUCGCUAUAAGAAAAGGAAGUCGUGUAAUCAUCAACCUGUGGUCUCUCCACCAUGAUGAAAACGAAUGGAAGGAUCCUGAACUCUUUGACCCUGGUCGCUUCAUUGACAGUAAAGGAACAGGUCUGAUUCUCCCGUCGUCCAGCUACCUACCAUUUGGUGCAGGGAUCAGGGUGUGUCUGGGUGAGGCCUUGGCCAAGAUGGAGCUUUUUCUCUUCCUGUCCUGGAUUCUGCAGCACUUCACCCUCUCUGUGCCACCAGGAGAUGAGCUGCCCAGCCUGGAGGGCAAAUUCGGUGUGGUCCUCCAGCCGGCCAAGUAUAAGGUGACAGCUACGCCCAGACAAGGCGGGGCAAUUAACGAGGGCGAGACUCUUUGAUAUCUUGACUGUUUUCCACAGACCGAACAAUGUGGCCAACAGACUGUAAAUAAUAGUUUGUGGUAUCCAUUAGAAGAAAUACAUCCACACAUGUACCUGACUUUUUUUUAAGUAGUGGUUUGUCUCUUGGUUACACUACAGGUUG